AUAAUUAAAAGUUAAAAAAAAAAAGAGAGAAAUCUCCAAUAGUACCGAAACCAGCUCGGCAAAGUAGCCGGUAUAUUCUAUAACAGAUUCCGGUAAGUGUGAAAAAACAAGUCAAGCUUCCAAAAAAUGAAGUCUACCUGUUGGAUUUUCUGUCUUCGAGAUCGACACUCAAUCAAACGUUUCACGUUCAGACAAAAAUCCUCAACAGCAGCUGCCUUACAAGACCGCACCUAAAGUAUACUCCUCCUCCAAGGCUCCGACUACUAGACUCCUCCCAUCACUUUCACUAAUAUCCCCAAGAUACAAAUUCCUCUUUAAUUUCACUCCCAAAUAUUUCAUAUUUCUCCUCCCUCCCUGUCCCACCACCAUCCACCACCGUCCGCUCCUCCUCCACACACACACCAAAAAAAAAAAAACCUCAAUAAAAACACCUCUUUAUCCAGAUUCCAAAAAUAUUUCCAUCUUUAGCUCCAUCCAAUUCCACCAUCUUUCUUAACUCUAUACUUGCCAAGAUGUUAGGGGAAAGGAAGUAGUUUUGUGUUAAAUCCAACAACACUUACCUAAAAAAGAGCAAAACAUCUCUUUUGAAGUUGUGAUAUUAAUAUAAAAUAAACAUAUCCUUUUCAAGAUUAAGAUUCUGCUUCUUUUUACCUAGCAACCAGAAUCUGAAUCCUCCAGUCAGUCAUGGAACCACCAGAAAAUUACAGCACGGAUACUUCUUUUGCAGUACCUUUUGAAGAUGCCCAGAAGAUAAUUCUAAGGUGGGACUCGACAGCAUCUGAAGAAGCAAGAGAAAGAAUGAUCUUUGAUGGAGAUCGUCAAGAAGUGGAUCUAUACUUACAAGCUGUUGAUGAAAUCCAAAAGUCUAUGUCAUCAACUUCAAUUUCAUCUGACCAUCAUGAUCAAGAUAGUAAUGAUAACAAGGUCACCUCUGCUAUACAGAUCGCCAUGGCUAGACUUGAAGAUGAGUUCCGCAAUAUCCUUAUUAACCAUACAAGCCCUGUUGAACUGGACUCUAUUAUCAUUUCUGAUCGUGCUUCUUUGAACCAUUAUACUAGUUCGGUAAGAAGCAUCACUGAAUUUGAUCAGGAGGAAGUUCGUCGUGGUGGCGGUGAUCAUGAUGAUGGUUUGGAUCCUAUACAGCGUGCAGAUUCGACUAAUAGUAGUGCCAGUUAUCGAUCUACGAGUAGUAUUCGUGAGAUCGAUCUGAUUCCUCUAGAAGCUGCAGCAGACCUUCAGUCCAUUGCGAAACGGAUGAUCUCUGCUGGGUACUUUAGGGAGUGUAUCCAGGUCUAUGGGAGUGUGAGAAAAUCAGCUUUGGAUGCGAGUUUUCGGAGACUUGGGAUUGAGAAAUUGAGUAUUGGGGAUAUUCAGAGACUGGAAUGGGAGACUUUGGAGACCAAGAUCAGGAGGUGGAUUCGUGCGGCCAAGGUUUGUGUUAGGAUAUUGUUUGCUAGUGAGAAGCAGCUUUGUGAGGAGAUUUUUUAUGGGAUUGGUACUGCCAUUGACGAUGCUUGUUUUAUGGAGACUGUCAAGGGUCCAGCUAUUCAAUUGUUUAAUUUUGCUGAGGCAAUUAGUAUUAGCAGGAGAUCUCCUGAGAAAAUGUUCAAGAUUUUGGACUUACAUGAUGCUUUGAUGGGCUUGUCGCCUGAUAUUGAUGUUGUUUUUGAAUCAAAAUCUGCUGAUUCCGUUCGAGUUCAGGCUGCUGAGAUUCUGUCAAGAUUGGCUGAGGCUGCCAGGGGGAUUUUAUCUGAGUUUGAGAGUGCUGUUUUGCGUGAGCCCUCCACGGUUGCGGUGCCUGGAGGGACAAUUCAUCCAUUGACAAGGUAUGUGAUGAAUUAUAUCAGUUUGAUUUCGGAUUAUAAGCAGACCUUGAUUGAGCUUAUUAUGUCAAAACCAUCGACUGGCUCGAGAUAUUCGGGUGAUCCAACUACCCCUGAUAUGGAAUUUGCUGAACUAGAGGGGAAAACCCCUUUAGCCCUUCAUUUGAUUUGGAUUAUUGUGAUUUUGCAAUUCAAUUUGGAGGGCAAGUCCAAGCACUACAAGGAUGCAUCAUUGGCCCAUCUGUUUAUGAUGAACAAUGUUCACUAUAUUGUUCAAAAGGUCAAAGGCUCGCCAGAAUUGCGAGAAAUGAUUGGAGACGAUUACUUGAGAAAGCUGACUGGGAAAUUUAGGCAGGCAGCUACUAGUUACCAGAGAGCAACUUGGGUAAGUGUUUUGUAUUGCUUGAGGGAUGAGGGUUUACAUGUAAGUGGGAGUUUCUCUUCUGGUGUCUCAAAGAGUGCUUUGAGAGAGAGAUUUAAGACCUUCAAUGCUAUGUUUGAGGAGGUUCACAGGACUCAAGCAACAUGGUUGAUUCCAGAUUCUCAACUUAGGGAGGAGCUUCGAAUUUCUAUAUCUGAGAAGUUGAUCCCAGCUUAUAGGUCAUUUCUUGGACGGUUCAGGAGUCAUAUAGAGAGUGGAAAGCAUCCAGAAAAUUAUAUCAAGUAUUCAGUGGAGGAUUUAGAGAAUGCGGUCUUGGAUUUCUUCGAGGGUUAUCCUGUAUCUCAGCACCUGAGGAGGAGAUCCCAGUGAAGGAAUGGAUGAGUUUUGCCGACUUAGAAACUAGGACACAUUCUUUGAAUUUUUUGUGAAGUGUUUGGGUGAUGUUAUGCUGGUUAAUAAGGGGCUGCCCUGUGCUCUGCAGUUGUUUUAUGCAUCAUCAGUUAAUUUGCCGUGGAUCAGAACAAGUAGAGUUCUUUGGGAAGAUAAGGUGCAGCUCUCUUGAACAGCCAGGUCUCUCAACCUGAAUGCUUCCACACUGUAAGCAUGUUGUUUGUUUUGGUUUGCCACAUUCUAGGUUUUUUCUUUUUCUUUUUUCAUUUGUUCAUAUGGGAAUUGUUGUAUGUGUGAUUUCUCGCUACUAUUUAUUAUAAGAAGCAGUUUUCUUUAUAGCACCAAAA